CCAUGGCCUGUUGUUCCAGGGCCCACCUGUACGUAUUUUCUCAGUGUGUUCGAUGUCGAUUGGUGGUAAAUACGUGUAGUUAUUGGAUCGCAGUGUUUUAAACUUUACCGUGCGAAAAUGUUGAAUCCGUGGGGUGUUGGGUAUUCAGUUAUACUGGUGUGCAUUUUCGCGACUUCGGAAAACUUGGCAAGCUCCUCGUCCGCCAGAGUUCCCACGACGGUAGGCCUGCUGCGGGUUUUAAGCGACAGACACUGCAACUGUUUACAUGCAGAAUAUGUGUGGAGGAACGUUACAGUGCUGAUGGAGAGCUUCACGGAGAGGAGAUCCGCCGGUCGCAUCAUUUCCCGUGUGUUGUUGAUGAGGCUCGAAAAGGCUACCCAAGUAGCUCCUAUUCCAUUAACGGUUUUAGAGAUUCCAUCUGAAGAUCAUCAAGAUGUAUCCAUCGAUGGAAUCUCCGAGUUGGUGGUUUCUGCAGCCCGAAACACGUCUUUCACCGUGGGGAAAUCGAGCAUUCCUGACCUGACAGACCUUGUUCCGAUGUACGACACCAUGUUCGAGAAGCUGUACCAGUACACGCGCAGCUGGCCGUUCACUCAAGCCCGACUAACCAUCUUCUACCAUUUCUCCAUCAUCCAUGCGGCUCAGCGACUACGCGAGGGCGUGCCCCGACAAGACGCCUGCCCACCUUACCAAGGCUAUGGUACCCACAAAGCUGGGGGACUGUUUGUCUGUCGUCAGGAAUAUGAGGAUGUCUUCUUCAGGCGGGCUGUUGGCCAGCUGCAGGAACAGCCAUUUGACUUACCAGAACUGAUAAGGUUGAGUGGACAGAAGGAGCACAUUAACCUUGAAGAUGUGAUUGAGGCACUAGCGAGAUUGAAUGCGUGCGGCUCCAUUGAAUGUGAUGUGCCGGGUUGUUCAAGUUACCGGUACGACUUCGGUUGGCACAUACUAGGGAGUGAUACCGGCUGUUGUGGAGAUUAUCCUUCGUGCUGUGUUUUUGCCGAUUCCAUCUGUUUCUUCCACGACAUUCUUUGUCGGUGCUGCUCGUACUUUGUUUGCCCCGAGCCUUACUGUAAACCCGCCCCCAGCUGUCCCAAUGCGACCAUAGUCUGAUGACCAGAGCAGUAGAAGAAACUGGGGUACGGGUGUGGGAGAACGUCGAAAGAAAUAGUGUUGCAUCCUGCUUGCGGUAGGAGGAAUCAUCAGGUGUACUUUGAGGAAAAUUGCAAUAAAAAUAGGCCUUGUCCAAGUCAUCUGAAUCAAACAACGGGGACACAACAGCGAGGCGUCUUCAAGCUCAAUGGACAAGUCUCCAUAGAGGGGAAAUGCUUGGGGUGAAAAAUAACCAGGACCGUCGCUCGGAGCAUAUUGAGAGUGGGGCACCAAAGUUACAUUGACCAUGAUAUGGCAUUCUAACUCGAUCGGAUUUGUUCAAAUACAAUUCCUUGUCCUUGACAAUCCACUUCCUCCCCUUCGUUCUACAGUUCAUGUUUUAUUGUGUAUUCACUUUUAACAACUUUGAGUUGUUUUAGAUCGAUAUACUUUCCCUCGUGUAUCUGUAGUCAUCCCCUCUUGACUUCUCUCCUUCCUUAUUUGCCUGCAUUCUGCAUUUAUUUCUCUAUAAUUCAGUUUUCUUCCGCAAUGCGGUCGAUUCACAAAAGUGCGCCUCCAAGAGUUUGCAACGCGUUGACC